CGCUCUGGUUUUUGAAACAAAACAUGCACGUCUUGAUGGUCUGCUUGGGGAACAUUUGCCGGUCGCCAAUGGCCGAGGCAGUGCUCGCUCAUCUCGUGGCAGAGGCCGGAUUGACGGAAACCUGGCGGGUGGACUCGGCGGGGACUGCCAACUACCAUGUCGGAGACGCCCCAGACCACCGCACAGUGCAAGUGUGCCGAUCGCGCAACGUGGCCAUCAAGCACACGGGCAGGCAGCUCUGCAAGGAGGACUUUGAGCUGUUUGACUGGAUUCUCGUCAUGGACGACUCCAACCUCAGCAACACGAUGAAUGUGAAAUCGCGCCACUAUGGCCAAAAGAAGACUCGAGCAACUGUGGAGCUUCUAGGAAACUACGACCCGACUGGCAAGCGCCUUGUUGACGACCCUUACUAUGGUGGUAUCUCAGACUUUGAGGACGUGUUUGCACAGUGCGAGCGCUCGUUGCGACGAUUUCUUGAGGCCCACAAGGCCUCCUGAACGAGAGAUUAUCCAUUCUUUUUGUGGGGUGUUGUAAUCGCCUGCGUGUCGUUCUAGACUGGUAUACAGCUCAAUCGCAUAACAGCAACCAUGGACCUUUACUGCUGGACAAGCAAAUACCAAA